GUCCGCGGGAAGCCGCCGGGAGUGAUCCCCGCUUUCCCACCGACCCGCUGGCCGUCCCCUCGGCGCCCGCGCUCGCUCCGAUGGAGCUGGAGGAGACGCCGCUCGCCCCUCCGAAGACCAUGCUGCUUAUGCUGAGGAAAGUUCGCAAGAGGCGGGAGAUGCUGCUGCAGCAGCUGGGCUUCAUCUGCGCCAUCCUCUUCUUCGCCUGGUGCAUGUCCAGCCUGCUCUCCAGAGUGGGCCAAGAAUCAGCUGUUGCAGACAGAAGCAUAUCAGGAAUAUGGAGGAAUAGAAGGUUGAUGGCAUCACCUAAUGGGACACAUGAAGAGAAGAACUGUACAGAUCCAGCCAUUAAUGAGUUUCCUGAAGAUAUAUUUACAAAUAAAGAACGACAGCAAGGAGGAAUUCUGCUUCAUAUCAUUGCUGCUCUUUAUAUGUUUUACGCUUUGGCCAUAGUAUGUGAUGACUUCUUUGUUCCAUCCUUAGAGAAAAUUUGUGAGAAACUACAUUUGAGUGAAGAUGUUGCUGGAGCCACAUUCAUGGCAGCAGGGAGCUCCACUCCAGAGCUGUUUGCAUCUGUUAUAGGUGUAUUUAUCACUCAUGGAGAUGUAGGAGUUGGGACCAUUGUUGGUUCAGCAGUUUUCAACAUCCUCUGCAUUGUUGGUGUCUGUGGACUGUUUGCAGGACAGGUGGUUUGUCUCACCCAGUGGGCAGUGUUCCGGGAUUCUGUAUACUACACAAUAUCUGUGAUCGUACUUAUUGUGUUCAUAUAUGAUGAGAAAAUAGAAUGGUGGGAAAGCCUUGUACUCAUCAUUAUGUAUUCAUUCUACAUACUUAUCAUGAAGUACAAUGUGAAGAUGCAAAAUUUCUUCACCCUUAAAAGCAAGAAUGUUGGAAAUGGUGACACAGUCAACAAUGAGCUGGAAGAUGGUAAUAAAUGUUAUGCCUCUAGUUGUGAUGACCCAUCCAUUCCAUUACUAUGGAAAGUGAAGGGGUCACAGCAGUAUGGCAAAAACAGUGUUGUGAUGGUGGACGAGAUAAUCUGCUCCAGUCCUCCCAAAUACCGGUUCCCCGAAGCUGGAUUACGGAUUAUGAUCACAAAUAAGUUUGGACCACGCACCAGAAUGCGGAUGGCAAGCCGACUCAUCAUUAAUGAGCGCCAGCGGUUAAUCCAAUCUGCCAAUGGCUCAAGCAAAGCACUUCAGAACAGGAGACAAGAGAAUAUUGAAAAUGGAAACAUCCCUGUGGGGAACCAAGAGGAGGAAAAUGAACAGGACAGUCUAACUCCAUUUUCAGUGCCAGAUGGAAAAAUGAACAAAAUUAAAUGGCUUUUGACAUGGCCAUUGAUAUUCUUGCUGUUUACCACAAUUCCAAACUGCAGCAAGCCACGCUGGGAGAAGUGCUUUAUGAUGACAUUCAUCUUGUCCACUCUCUGGAUUGCCUUGUUCUCCUACUUCAUGGUGUGGAUGGUGACUGUGAUUGGAUACACCCUUGGGAUACCAGAUGUGAUCAUGGGCAUUACUUUCCUGGCUGCAGGAACAAGUGUCCCAGACUGCAUGGCCAGUUUAAUAGUAGCAAGACAAGGCCUUGGUGACAUGGCAGUAUCCAAUACAGUUGGGAGCAAUGUCUUUGACAUUCUGGUGGGACUUGGUGUUCCAUGGGGUUUGCAGACCAUGGCAAUCGAUUAUGGAUCAACUGUUAAAAUAAACAGCAAAGGAUUGGUUUAUUCAGUUGCACUUUUGCUAGGAUCAGUGGCACUUACUGUGUUUGGAAUCCAUGUAAAUAAGUGGAAACUUGACAGGAAGUUAGGCAUCUACGUGUUGCUUCUUUAUGCUAUUUUCCUGUGUUUAUCUAUAAUGAUAGAGUUCAAUGUCUUCACCUUUGUCAACUUCCCUAUGUGCCGAGAAGAACGAUGUGGAAGUUCUGCUCAGCGAUGGGAAGGAAUUGCUUUUCUCACCGAGGAACUCUCAAGCCACUGUGAUACAGAAAGUGACUUAAAGUUUGCUGUAAUGAUGAAAACAUCAGCAGGAGAGAGGGGAGCCAGGGAUGACUCAGGCCCUGUUGGAGAUACCAGUGAAGAGAGGAAAGAGACACAUCUUUGUCAGGCCAAUGCUGUGCAAAAUUGCCUCCAGCAUCCAGGGAUCAGCAUCCUUGACAAACUCAUCAAGACAUGUCCUGUCUGGCUUCAGCUGAACAUGAGCCAGGAAAGGGCUGGGGCGAUCCUUGGCAAAGAAACAGCAGGGAUAUUCUUAGUUAGGAAAGAGGGUAAUGUGAGCAACAUGGUCCUUGCAGUCCGCCUGCCAAUGCAGAACGAGGCUCCUGGUGUGCUGGAGUACAACAUUAAAGAAGAAAAAUCAAUCCUGUACCUGGAAGGAUCUGUCCUUGUAUUUGAAGAUGUUUUCAAAUUGGUUGCCUUCUACUGUGUCAGCAGGGAUUUGCUGCCCUUUACCCUGAAGCUGCCACAAGCAAUAUUAGAAGCCAGUAGCUUUCAAGACCUUGAAAUUAUCUCUAGUCUGGGGAUAGAUUUCUGGGAUUCCUAUUUAAACCACAGAAGACAGGACUUAUCCCACCCUGCAAAAGACUCUGCUUUCAGCACUGGUCUGGCAGACAGUUUAAGACCUACCCAGUGUUUUGCAAGUAGCACAAACCACUGCUCAUGUGAAAUUGAGCUGUCAAUAGGAAAUGACAGGCUGUGGUUUGUGAAUCCUAUUUUUAUAGAAGAGUGCAGUAAUCCUUGUCCUCCAGAUAUACCUUCUCCUGAAGGCCACUCUGGGAGCAUUGAACUCCCCCCUGCCACCAUGAUUACUGAAAAGAGGUCUCCUCGACGGCCUCCUCCCCCUCCACCUUCUCAUGCUCUCAUACAGAAAUCUUCCCUGAAGCUCCCACAGGACCCCAUGACUGCCUGUGAAGAAAACAAGCUUCUUAUUAAGCCACUAGGAAAGAGCUUCGAGGAAAUGAAAAUUGAAGGCAGUGACGAUAAAGAAGAAAGGAAGCAGAGCUGUUCGGCCAAUGAGCCCUCGGCAGUGAGCCCCAGGAAGGGCUCCCAGCCCUUUGCUCCCCCGCGGAGGCGGCUGAGUGAAAGGACCUCAGAGGAGAGCUGUGUGGGUAAUCCUGAAAAUUGUGAAAUGCUGAAAGGGGAAGGGACAGAAGAAAACCAAGAUACAAGUGCAGGGAGCAGAGAUAAAACACUGCUGUGCAAAAAGGCUGUAGAAAUGCCUGGGGAGGUUCCCAAAAGGGCUGUAUCACAGUUUCAGGAGACAAAGCCUGAACCUGCAGAGAAGAAGGAGGACAUGCCUAAGAUACAAAGCAAUGCCACUGAGAAAGGAAAGUCACCUCCUAUCCCACCACCAAGAAGGAAGAGACUUUCCCAGGCACCAAGGAUCCACUGCUCCUGCCAGCCGAAGCAAAGAACAGCGGCAGAGACGGCCGUGGCCACGGGGCAGGCUGUGUGCAAGGGCAGCCCAGCUACAGUGACGGGUGGUGCCACUUGCGCACACACCAAGACUGAACCGGGACAUGGCCACAAAUCUGUCAGCUCAGCUGAACUGGAAGGGUCACGCUUGUCCCUGGAGGACCUGGGAGGCAGCACCAUGGCUCAGACAUCAACAUCUGAGCCAGACUCCUACUCCACCAGCAGCACAGAGGAUGACCUGGAGAUGCUGAGUAGUUCAUCUGGUAAAAAGACACGCUCUGUGAUCUUGGCCAAGGCCAAAAACAGGCUGUCCUUGGUGAACCUGUCCAACGUCUUCACGGUCUUUUUGUCUAGUGACAGGAAGCUGCAGAAGAAGAUAGUGGAGCUGGCACAGGACAAGGAGUCAUACUUUGGCAACCUGGUGCGGGACUACAGAGUGUACAGUUUAGAGAUGAUGGCAAAGCAGAGCUCCAGCACAGAGAUGCUACAAGAGAUCCGGCUGAUGAUGACGCAGCUGAAGAGUUACUUAGUACAGAGCACCGAGUUGAAAUCUCUGAUAGACCCAGCCUCCUACACCGAGGAAAAGUUAGAAGUGAUUGCUGAGACAGCUUUGUACAAAUGUGUCCUGAAACCUCUAAAGGAAGCAAUUAAUUCUUCCUUAAAAGAAAUACACAACAAAGAUGGAUCUUUACAGCAGCUGAAAGAGAACCAACUUGUGAUACAAAACACAACUACCACUGACCUGGGUGUCACGACCAGUGUGCCUGAAACUGCUGUCCUGGAAAAGAUCCUUCACAAAUUCACAACCAUGCACAAGACCUACUCUCCAGAAAAGAAAAUUGCCAUCUUGCUGAAGACCUGCAAACUCAUCUAUGACUCCAUGGCUCAGGGAAAUCCAGGGAAGCCCUAUGGUGCAGAUGACUUCCUUCCUGUGCUCAUGUAUGUGCUGGCCCGCAGCAACUUGACCGAAGUCCUUCUGAAUGUGGAGUACAUGAUGGAGCUCAUGGACCCUGCUCUGCAGCUAGGAGAAGGCUCCUAUUAUUUAACCACCACCUACGGGGUUCUGGAGCAUAUCAAGAACUAUGACAAAAUCACCAUGACACGGCAGCUGAGCGUGGAGGUCCAGGACUCCAUCCACCGCUGGGAGCGACGGAGAACGCUGAACAAGGCCCGGGCUUCCCGCUCGUCAGUGCAGGAUUUCAUUUGUAUCUCCUUUCUGGAAAUCAGUGGUCAAUCAAGGACACUUGCUUCCCGUCGCGACACCACAGCUGAGCAGCUGAGCCAGCAGUGUGCCGACAAGUUUGAAGUGUCCCAUCCCAAGGACUAUGGACUCUUUGUUUAUGUUGAUGACCAGUGGCUGCAGCUGGACAAAGAUGCCCUUCCACAUCAUAUCAAAGCCUCCCUUCUGAAGAGUGAAACCAAGAAAGAUUUCCAUUUUAUUUAUAAACCAAUUGAUCAUAAAACCCCACCAGUUCCAAUUGUCAAAGAGUCAGACUUUUCCUAAGGGCCAUGCUGGUUUUUUUCUGUCUUUGCUGUCAUCCUGGAAGAGCUGGAUAAUUUACCUUGUGAGACUCUCUGGUAUCCGCAGACCUUGGAAGUUCUCUGGAGUGUGGCCUUCAACAUAGAGUAGAUGGGCUAAUUUUAGAUGGUAUCUGAACACACGGCAUUUCUCGGUAGAGGUCAUUUGCAGAAGUAAAAGGAGCAUUCAGGAGAACGUUCAUCCUCUGGAAAACUUGAAGUAUCAAGCCUCAGAACCUCUCAGCUGCAACCAGCCAACACUGCAGAAUGUAAAUGAACAGUAGAGAAAAUCCAGAGAUCUUGCAAAAAGGGGGACAUUUACUUUAUAAUAAACAAUGGCAGGUGUGAAUCACAUCUGUGCACAAGGCCUUUGAAAGGCCUACACACACCUCAAUCUGUUUGGAGGUAAGACUGUGUGCUUUAUGGUAUCUGUUCACCCAGUUUGAAUAAACUGGGUCUUGUCUGAUGUAUUCAGUGGCAUAGGGGUGCCACCUGUAGAAGAACUCCAUCUCUGUCUUGCUGUCAACAAGUCUUUGCCUUUGAAAUCCACAUAAUACAAACAGUGCAAGAUGACCUGUACUUUCACUAAGAAUAUGUUUUUGCCUUCCAUCUGUCACUCAAAUCAGGUAGCAUAGGCAUUUUCAUCAAUGUAUUUUUCUUAAAAAUUCAAAGUCUCCAUCAGUUUUAAAUGUACAGCAGUUUUAUUCAUGUUGGUUGUUUGAUAGUGUCUGGUUAAUUGUAUAUUUAUUACAAUGUGUGAUAUGGUGCAAUUAUUUUUAAAUAAGUCUUUGUAAAGAACUUAAUAAUUUGCCCAGUGUAUCAAACCAGAUUAAAAUUUGAAAGUCAAAAGGAGUUCAAAUUAAAUACCAAUCCCUUUUUACAUGGCUGUCAUUUUCACAAGUGUUAUCCUAGCUGUAAUUCCCACAAGGUUAUUACUUUAAUAAAUUCAGGCUGUUGCAGACAGAACUUUCUAAUUCUCCUUUCUACAUGUGCUUUUAGUCAUUCAGUCAUUGCAGAUUUAAAUUUCCCUGAACAAACAAAUUCCCACAGAAUAUAUUGAAUUAAUGCAAAAGUGCAUUUCGUUGAAUUUGAAAACAAUUUUUCAGGAUUAGAUAAUGGAAACAGGAGCCUUAAUUGCUAGACAGGUCCAUGUCUUCUGGGUGCCUUCACACAGGCAAGAUUCUCACUGCAAACACAAAAUACUGGGUUGUCUGCAUGCAGGAAGUCAGUAACCUCCACUGCAACUCCACCAACUUGGAAUCAGGCCUAGCAAAGCUCUGAUUACAAAAAGGUGUUUUACUCAGACUUGCUAUUGUUUCCUCCCAAUAACAUUGAAAAGAGAUUUAAGGCACCUUGGACCAAGUUGCCCAAGGUGUCUGCCUUAUUCCUGAAGCUCCAAGGAUAAAAGGGUAUUGCAUAAAGCUGGUCCCUCUCUCAGUCUCUGGCGCUUGAAAUAAAUGUCCAUGUCUACAUGCCCCAGCUGUAGCCAAAUCUGCAUACAGAUAGCAAACCAGUGCUGUGCAUCUGCCAGCAUGGGCUGUAUGCACAUCUUGUUGGGAAUGGACAACAACCAAGAAUGAGGAACAGUGAAUAACAGCAAUCUUGGUUUUGAGGAUAUCAUGUGCAGAGCUUCCAGUGCGUGACAGCACAGCUGACAUGGUUAUUUCUGCUAUGCGCAGCUGUUGGCACCUCUGCCUUGCCUCUGGGCAGCACGUCUGCAGGAUGCCAGAGCUGAAGCCCUCCCUCAUGCUGCCAUCACCCUCCU